AUGCCCUUAUUUUUUAAAAAUCAGAAUGUAGUGAACAGGCUGAUGCGCAAAGGCAACUAUGCUGAGCGUGUGGGCGCUGUCGCACCAGUCUACCUGGCCGCCGUGCUUGAAUACCUGACUACCGAGAUCCUGGAGUUGGCCGGAGACACUGCCUGUGCAAACAAGAAGACUCACAUCAUCCCCUGUCACCUGCAGCUGGCCUUCCGUAACGACGAGGACCCAACAUCCGGGCGGUUGCUACUCCCCCAAGAAGGACCGAGAAUGUCGUCAAAGCCAAGUAAAUUCGCUACUGCGGCUUCAACUUGACUACUCAACCCCCAAAGGCUAUUUUAAGUGCCAACCAAUUGAGUGGGUGUAUACACAAAGAACCAGACACCUGGAUAGUUCCUGUUGAGGUUCCCCCCGGAAGAUAAAUGGUUUCUGACUGCAACAGUGAGUCCUACAACAUCUUAAUUAUAUCAACCCCCUCUCCACUAAGCACCCCAGUUAUUUUAGGGACACAUAUCACUUCUUAGAAAAUAUCAAACACAUAGCUGUUCCCUCCCAAACAUAUACACAUAUAUACAGUAUCUCACAAAAGUGAGUACACCCCUCACAUUUUUGUAAAUAUUUGAGUAUAUCUUUUCAUGUGACAACACUGAAGAAAUGACACUUUGCUACAUUGUAGAGUAGUGAAUGUACAGCUUGUAUAACAGUGUACAUUUGCUGUCCCCUCAAAAUAACUCAACACACAGCCAUUAAUGUCUAAAACCGCUGGCAACAAAAGUGAGUACACCCCUAAGUGAAAAAUGUUCACUCGUUAGUGUUACAAGGUCUCAGGUGUGAAUGAGGGAGCAGGUGUGUUUAAAAUUUGGUGUCAUCGCUCUCACACUCCCUCAUACUGGUCACUGGAAGUUCAACAUGGCACCUCAUGGCAAAGAACUCUGAGGAUCUGAAAAAAAGAAUUGUUGCUCUACAUAAAGAUGGCCUGGGCUAUAAGAAGAUUGCCAAGACCCUGAAACUGAGCUGCAGCACGGUGGCCAAGACCAUACAGCGGUUUAACAGGACAGGUUCCACUCAGAACAGGCCUCACCAUGGUCGACCAAAGAAGUUGAGUGAACGUGCUCAGCGUCAUAUCCAGAGGUUGUCUUUGGGAAAUAGACGUAUGAGUGCUGCCAGCAUUGCUGCAGCGGGUUGAAGGGGUGGGGGGGUCAGCCUGUCAGUGCUCAGACCAUACACUGCACCAAAUUGGUCUGCAUGGCUGUCAUCCCAGAAGGAAGCCUCUUCUAAAGAUGAUGCACAAGAAAGACCGCAAACAGUUUGCUGAAGACAAGCAGACUAAGACAUGGAUUACUGGAACCAUGUCCUGUGGUCUGAUGAGACCAAGAUAAACUUAUUUGGUUCAUAUAGUGUCAAGCGUGUGGCGGCAACCAGGUGAGGAGUACAAAGACAAGUGUCUUGCCUACAGUCAAACAUGGUGGUGGGAGUGUCAUGGUCUGGGGCUGCAUGAGUGCUGUCGGCACUGGGGGAGCUACAGUUCAUUGAGGGAACCAUUAAUUCCAACAUGUACUGUGACAUACUGAAGCAGAGCAUGAUCCCCUCCCUUCGGAGACUGAGCCGCAGGAAAAGUAUUCCAACAUGAUGACGACCCCCAAACACACCUCCAAGACGACCACUGCCUUGCUAAAGAGCUGAGGGUAAAGGUGAUGGACUGGCCAGCUGUCCUCCACUCGUUACCUGUAUUAAUGGCACCGGUUUGAACUUGUUAUCAGUAUAAAAGACACCUGUCCACAACCUCAAACAGUCACACUCCAAACUCCACUAUGGCCAAGACCAAAGAGCUGUCAAAGGACAACAGAAAACAAAAUUGUAGACCUGCACCAGGCUGGGAAGACUGAAUCUGCAAUAGGUAAGCAGCUUGGUUUUGAAGAAAUCAACUGUGGGAGCAAUUAUUAGGAAAUUAAAGACAUACAAGACCACUGAUAUCUCCCUCGAUCUGGGGCUCCACGCAAGAUCUCACCCCGUGGGGUCAAAAUUAUCACAAGAACGGUGAGCAAAAAUCCCAGAAACCACACGGGGGGACCUAGUGAAUGACCUGCAGAGAGCUGGGACCAAAGUAACAAAGCCUACCAUCAGUAACACUUUACGCCGCCAGGGACUCAAAUCCUGCAGUGCCAGACGUGUCCCCCUGCUUAAGCCAGUACAUGUCCAGGCCCGUCUGAAGUAUGCUAGAGUGCAUUUGGAUGAUCCAGAAGAGGAUUGGGGAGAAUGUCAUAUGGUCAGAUGAAACCAAAAUAUAACUUUUUUGGUAAAAACUCAACUCGUCGUGUUUGGGAGGACAAAGAAUGCUGAGUUGCAUUCAAAGAAACACCAUACCUACUGUGAAGCAUGGGGGUGGAAACAUCAUGCUUUGGGGCUGUUUUUUUCUGCAAAAGGACCCAGGACGACUGAUCCGUGUAAAGGAAAGAAUGAAUGGGGCCAUGUAUCGUGAGAUUUUGAGUGAAAACCUCCUUCCAUCAGCAAGGGCAUUGAAGAUGAACGUGGCUGGGUCUUUCAGCAUGACAAUGAUCCCACACACAACACCGCCCGGGCAACCGAAGGAGUGGCUUCGUAAGAAGCAUUUCAAGGUCCUGGAGUGGCCUAGCCAGUCUCCAGAUCUUUGCAAAUAAAUUCCAUAAAAAAUCCUACAAUGUGUUUUUCUGGAUUUUUUCUCAUUUUCUCUGUCAUAGUUGACCUAUGAUGAAAAUUACAGGCCUCUCAUCUUUUUAAGUGAGAGAACUUGCACAAUUGGUGGCUGACUAAAUACUUUUUUCCCCCCCACUGUAGGUACACGUCAACUAUGACAGACAAAUUGAGAAUUUCUUUUCCAGAAAAUCACAUGUAGGAUUUUUUAUGAAUUUAUUUGCAAAUUAUGGUGGAAAAUAAGUAUUUGGUCAAUAACAAAGUUACUCAAUACUUUGUUGUAUACCCUUUGUUGGCAAUGACACAGGUCAAACAUUUUCUGUAAGUCUUCACAAGGUUUUCACACACUGUUGCUGUUAUUUUAGCCCAUUCCUCCAUGCAGAUCUCCUUUAGAGCAGUAAUGUUUUGGGGCUGUCGCUGGGCAACACAGACUUUUCAAACUCCCUCCAAAGAUUUUCUAUGGGGUUCAGGUCUGGAGACUGGCUAGGCCACUCCAGGACUUGAAAUGCUUCUUACGAAGCCCACUCCUUCGUUGCCCGGGCUGUGGUUUCGGGUCGUUGUCAUGCUGGAAGAAACCAGCCACGACCCAUCUUCAAUGCUCUUACUGAGGGAAGGAGGUUGUUGCCAAGAUCUCGCGAUACAUGGCCCCAUCCAUCCUCCCCUCAAUACGGUGCAGUCGUCCUGUCCCCUUUGCAGAAAAGCAUCCCCAAAGAAUGAUGUUUCCACCUCCAUGCUUCACGGUUGGGAUGGUGUUUCUUGGGGUUGUACUCUUUCCUUUUCCUCCAAACAGGGCGAGUCGGGGUUUGCCCAAAAAACUCUAUUUUUGUCCCCAUCGCCCACAUGCCCUUCUCUCUUUUCCCCCCGUGGAUCAUCGGCAAACUUCGCGGUCCGGGAAUGCGUGGUUGGGGGAAAGGGGGCCCUUUGCGUAGGGUUUCAGGAUUUAUAAUAACGGGGGUUUUGUGUUACAAUUGGUUUUUUUUGGACGGGGCCCAGCUCUUUUCAGGUCAUUGAUCAGGUGCGCCGUGUAGUUCGGGGGUGUUUCCCCCCCUGUUACGAACCCCUUUGGCUCAAAACGUCUAGGGUGGUGGACAUGAGCCCCUUUAACAAAAUUAUAAAAAUUUAAAGGAUGUGAAAAUUAACGAAAAAACCAAAUGGGGCACAAUCCCAUAACAAAACCGAAAAACAAAACAUCGUUUUUUUCAAAACCCCCGGGAAGGGGUUUUUGGGGAAAAAAGGGGGUGAGGGGGCCCCAAAAAAAUUGAAAAAAUGUUUUUUAAAAACACCCCUGAACGGAUUUUUGCCUGCCUCAAAAACCCCCGUAGGCUACUCCCUAGCCCAUACAAAAUUUAAGUGGGGGGGUCCGCUCAGUCUAAUAGUUUUUUUUAGCAGAUUUUCCCUACGGGAAUGUGCCCAAGGGCAACUAGCUUAAAACCCCCCUUUCCCCCCGAAAACCCAAGCUACCAAACGGGGGGUAAUCAGAAACUAGUGGGGACAAAAACACAGGCCCCAACCCGUAUCCACACCACAUAAAUAACAUUUCCUAACAAAUUUAAACCAACGGGGUUUAACCCAAGAAACUUAGGAUACCCCAUCCCGGACACAACAUGUCCAUACCACAAAACCGGGAAAAAAAUCCUCCCACAACAAACAAAGUCUGGUUUUUUAUACAAGGGUGGUGAUUGAAAAAAACGAGUAACCGGUGGUUUCAAUUCACAGGAAUGUUUCCUGAUUGGUCCAAUCAGCAGACCCCCUCCCACCACCCAAAAUCAGGAAAAAUACAGGAAAAAUUUUGAUUUGGGCAGAAGGGGAGAAAACCCCCCAAAAAAACAGGGUAAACCCGUAUCCCUAAAACUCCCACCCCCUUUAAAAAAGCAAACCCCAAUGGUUUUCCCACACACGUAAACAAAAAAACCCCAAAAAAACAAAUCAUCCAACCCGGGGUAACAAAAAAAAAAAUAGAUCACAAAAAACGAACAAAACUUUUGGGCCCUCACAUUAAACAACCCCUUUUUUUUGGGUUCCCAAAAUUUUAAAAUUUUUCACGACAAGUGCCCCCAAAAACAAAGGGGUUGGUUCGGUUUUACAUCCGGUUUGGGGAAAAAAAAAAGGGGGUUUUUGGCGUUUUAACCCCUAUUUACUGGGGAAAGCACGGAAACCCAAAAUAAACUUCAAAAAACUCCCGGGGGGAAACCCCCUAAAACUAGAGCUUCUUGGGUUUAAUUGGGGGAAAAGUUUGUUUGACAUUUGUUAAAUUUUGGGAAAAAAAAACAACAGGGUGGUUUCCCCUCCACUCUUCCCUCUUUGGGAGAACAGCCCCACAAACCCCUGGGAAUUGCUUAAACCCCAGUUUAAACGGUCGGGCAAAAACUGGGGCAGCAAGAACAGGGGUAAUAAAAAGUGCUUUGCAUUUUUUAAAGCAAAUACAACAAUCUUAGACCAUACAAAUUUUUUUUUCCCCCGGACUGAGCAAAUCCUUAAGGGGCACAAAACCGCAAAAAGAAAAUUUUUACAAGAAAAUUUCAGUGUAGCCAACCAUACCAAAAAAAAGGGGUAAAUCCUUUUGGUUUGGGAGGGCGGGAAAAUUCGUUAAUAGCUGAGACCCCUUUGGUCCCACAGGGCAAAACCUGAAACCCUUGGGCCCACCUGUUUACCAAGAAAGUAAAGUGGCCCUUUCCCCAAAAUCGCCCCUUUUUUAAGUUUUUAGGGUUAAGAACGGGGUUUUCCCCGAAGUUUUACCCACUACCCUUAGGUUUAAAAAGAUCAACCACUCAGUUUAAAAAUUUUUCCAGAUCAUCAAAGGGAAACACUACCAAAAUUUGAAUCCAGCCAAAAUUGUUAACCAGGCGGUUUGGGGGAAAAUGGCCCGGGGGGUUUUCCUAUCCCCAAAAGCCAUGACCCGCAAUUUUAGGAAUUUAUCUGGGGUCCCAAAGGCAGAGUGUUUGGGGGGACUUUGGGGUUUUCCCGGGACCGGGCCCGUAAACCCUUUUUAAAAAAUCUAUUUUUUUACCAAAAAAGCAGCACCACCCAUUUUCAAUACGGGAAACCCCGUCUGGGGAAAAGGGAACGGUGGGCACUUAACAGCAUUGCUUUCCCAAGUCCCUUUCAAAACUGGAGUCCCCUCAGGGUUUUGGAACCGAAUGCAAAGGAGAACUCCCAAAGGGCUUUAACUGGGCUAGACAGGUUUAUUCUCCAGCAAAUAAAACCCACCCUUACCCCCCCCUUUUCUUUCUCUUAGCGGGCGUUGGGCACGAUAAAAUGUUUUCUUGGGUAGGGGCGCGUUUCCAAAAUUAAAUUUUGUUCAACACAUUUGACAUUUAGGGAAAAUAAUUUAAAAAAAAAAAAUGGAAAACUUGGGGAAAAAGUCUCACAAUAUACCCGACUGUCGUCCUUAAAUGAAUUUUAGGGGUUACGGGAGAGGGCAGAAACAUCUCUGAAAAUUGGGGAAUCUAACAACCCCUGCUGCUGAGUAUUUCGCAACUUUCCAAACCAUCUCCUUCCAAAUCAUUAACAUGACCUCUCACUACGCCGUAGCAGCAACAAGACAGCCGACCGGGAUUUCUCUGGGGCUGGGCUACUUAGUGAAAGGGGCGGUUUUGGGGGAUUGGGCCCCUUAACAAAGUUUAAAAUUGGGACACACGGAUUGGCGUUUUUUACAGGAUCGGGAUCACAUAGUCAUUUCAAAUUAGUUUCUUUUUUAAAGACUAAGGACCAGAGAAACGUGUGACAAUGACGCUCCUGGACAGGGGAAAAACCAAAACUCGGUCACCCUGGUGCAGUGAACGAGAAAACCCUGUGUUUUAUAGUGGUUUCAAUCCGUUUUUUUGUGAAGAAACACGCUUCCUUUGCUAGAGCAAGGGGACAUGUGGGGCUCACGAAAGCGGGCUAAAAGUAGUCCCAAAACCCUUUUUUUUUCAACCCCCAACUCUUUUGACAAAAACUGAUUUCCUUUUGGACUUUUAUAGGUCCCCUCCUUUUGUGUCCCCAAAACCCGGGGCAGCGGGCUGAACCCUAGGGAUUCCUGUACUGCUUCCCCCCGGACCCGCAAAAAACACUAAAAGGAAAAUCCCUCAUCCCAAAACUUUCUCAGAUUUUCCAAAACAAUAUUUACGGAGCAUAACUUCCCGGGUUUGAUGCCAAAAAUUCCCAGCCACCUUGAACUUUUGGGUGAUAUCGCUUGACAAAAAGGGGGUGGUUAAAUGGGCAAAGGUUUUUAAAACUUUUUUUGAAAAGUUUAGGGAAAGGGGAAAAUUCCCUAAACCCUUUAUCAGUUUUUAUCCCCCUUAAAGGGAAACCAAAAAUUGAGAAAAUUUAAACAAAAGCUUUUUCUCACCACCCGGGGCAGAAUUUCCCUUUGCAGAGGAAUGGGCCCCUUGGGUUUUCCGGGGCCACACACCCUAAAUUUUCAACUAAAAUGGGUUUCCAAAAUUUUGUUUUUUUGGUUUAAAGGCCAACACAAAACAAAAAUCACAUGUUUUGAAUGGGGUUUACCCAUGGCCGGUAUGGAAAAAGAGGGGCGGGAAAAAAAACCGGUUUUUUUUUUCCCCAAAUACUUGACAGGUGUGGGAAGUCCGACAGAAAAAUGAGCCCCCAAACUUGUUUUUAAACCAGGCCCAAAAAAAAUGUUUUAAAAAACACGAUAAAAAGCCUUUGGGGACUCCCCGAUGUCCGGACCCCUGGUGAAAAAAAAGAAGCGGAAAGGGGUAAAACAUUUUUUCGAAAACUGUGGAACACUAUUUUUGGGAAAAAAGCAUUCCAAACUUUUGGGCCCGCUCAACAUGGGAUGUCCAUUUUCCAUUAGGGGAUUACCAUCAAUGGGAAAAUUUCCAUGUUUUUUUCUUUUUUGCUCCCUCCUCUGAGCCCCAAAAAUAGGAAAAAAAUUUACCAGGCUAAUGUCAAAAACCCGUUUGGGUUUCGAUCACUGCCCCACGAAAUAAAGGGAACUGUAUUUCCCUUUGAAAAAAAGUUCCACAUCUUCUUUCCCUUUCCCCUGGGGUGUUUUUUCAGACGGCCCCCAGUUUCCAGAGGGGCCCCCCGCACUAUCCUUGGGUCACACUCCUGAAUAGAAUCCCUGUUUUGACAAAUCUAUAAAUUUACCCCCUUUUCGUGUUUAGCCCCGUGUACAGCACAAGCGGGGAAAACCACAUCUGGUAAACCCGUGCCAGUCCUGGAGGGGAGACCCGGUUUCCUUUUUUAUCCAAUCCUUCCCAAAAGGGGGGCACCUUUUUUUUUUUCCCUUUUUUUGGGGGCAAUUCGUUGCCCAUUAUAAAGUCACCCUUUUACUGGCAAAUGGGGUAAAGGCCCCAACCCCGAACAAUCCAAGGGCUAAACUCAGAUUUUACGUUCACCAAGGGCAAGGGCCCCUGGAACAAAUUUCCCCUUUCAAUUCCUUGUACAACCACUGGACCCACAAUUUAAAUUUUUAGACAAAGGGGAAAAACAUCCUAGUUAUAAAGACUUUCGCCGCACCAGGAUCUCUGAGGAUUUUUAAAUUUGGGCGCUGAACGCUUUUUUCAUCUGAAAGAAAAAAAAACCCCUCCAAAAAAGAACGGUUUAACUUUUGGGGCUGGGACGGGACUUUCAAACCCCCCAUUCAGUAAGGAAAAUCCUCGUCCCCUUAUUCCCGGCCCCUUUCAAACCCAAAAUCAGCCCAACACCCGUUGGCGGCCGGCGGGCUGAGGAUCCCCCGGUUUUGGGGGUUUUUGCAGAAAGCAAAAAUUAACCAUAUGUUCCCCCCCUUAAAGACAAUUAAAAAAACACGACGCACUCUUUGGGGGCGGGGCUGGAUGUACUGCUGGUCGACUAGGAAUUUUAAAAAUUAGCAACUGAGCCCUGUCUCCCCUACGGCCCAAACCGUUUUUAUGAGUCAACACAAAAACGUUCUGCCAAACGACGUUUCCACAGUGAGGGUACCCUUUUUGUUCGUUUAAAAUAAAAAACAAUGGUUCCGGUAAGCAAAAACCCCUUUUAACAAGAUUAAUCCCGGGGAAAAGUUAAAAACAGUUUCCUUUAGCACUGUGAUUUUGUCAAAACAGAUUUCCCCUUUUUCCUAGCAAACCCACCUAAGUCUGAGUAGGGGGGGGAAUUUUUUUUGAGACCAAACUCUGUCCCAAGGGUUUAGGGAAAAAGCUCAUAGGCCCCGAAGAAAGGAGCUUUACCACUUCAUAAUUAAAAAUGUCUUCAAGAGGUAAACGCUGCCCGAAACCCCUUUUGGGUUUUUGAUGUUGCUUUCCUGAAAUAAGGGACCAUACCUCGUCGGGCCCCUUUCAAAGCUAAAACCCCUAUAAAGUUCAAAAAAAACGGGAAAAAGGGAAACCCCCCUGACUCCCUGAACCCGGUACCCAAGGUGAUCUGCCCCUAAUAUCACACGUGCCAAAGACACAGUGGUGAGGGUUUGGGUCACUAGCAGGCAUAGAUUUGCCGAGACUAACUCCAUUGUUCGGGCCCCUAAAUUCCAUUUUUACCACCUUAUUUUUCCUCUUAAAGGUCUCCAGUUUUUGGAAACAAGCCUAAGCCCUCCCCAUUCCCUCUUUCGCGUCUCCUGUUUUUGGGGCCCUUUCGGUCUCCGGUUUUGCCUCUAGCUUCCCCUUUUAAAACCCUCUCCAAUUUUUUCCGAUUUGUGCCCCCUUUUUCCCCCCUCCAUUUGGAGCCGUGUUUGAGCGGACCUCGAUCCCUUCAAACAAUUUUCAGUUCAGUGGGGGGGGUGGGUCAUAACGGGGCAAUGUUGGCCCCGGAGCCUUAGCCUCGUCCUCAGACCGAGGGUUUCAGGGAAAAGCAACCACAUCCCCUACGGGCACAACUCAGGCGGCGGUAAACUCAAGCACUCUUUGUUUAAAAAGUAUCGCAGCACUACCCUUUCCCCAACCUUUUAAUUUUCUUUCACAAAAACCCCUCGGUAAGGGCAAAAAAGAAAAGUGGUCAGCCAAACCGGGAGAUCCCACCACGGCAAAAUUUUUAAAAAACCUCCCACGUAGGGUUUUUCCCAAAAAGCCUCUUUAAUUUUAAAAAAUAAACAUACUAAUACAAACGAGCCGUCGACUACUGAAAAAACAAAAAAAAAAAACCCGGGGUACAAACGCCAAGCUCAAAAACUGAACCCCAAAACUUCGAAUUUGCAAGUAGCAAAGGGGGAAAAAAUCCCCCCGAACCCCCCACUUUAUGUUUUCGGGAACCCCUGGGCUCUAAAAAAUCUAAAGGGGGGAUGGACAGAGAACCCUUUAAAUAAAAAAUGCAAAUUAGGAGUGUGACAUGGAACAUGGAACAAAAGGGCACAACCCCAUGAAAUACCGUCAAAAACACAUAGUUUAUUUCAGAACACCAGUAAGGGUUUUGGGAAAAAAAGGGGUGAGCAGGGCCCAAGAAAUGAAAAUAGGGGAAAAAACCCCCGACUGAUCUUUUCCUGCCUCCCAAAACCGCUAGGGUACUGUGCAAAACAAAAGUACAGGGGUGGGCCGCUCAGGUCAAUAGUUUUUUUUUAAAAACAGAUUUUUUUUUUUUCCUACGGGGAAUUUAACCCCCCAAGGGGGAACUGCUUAAAAAAACCCCCUUUUUUCCCCAAAAAACCAAAAAAGCCCACCAAACAGGGGAAUCAAACAAAAAGUUGGGACACAAUAAGGAAAACAAAAAGUAACCAAAAACCCCAAUUUAAAAAAAAUAGUCUCAACAAAGUUCCAAAAGGGGUAAACCCGAAAUUAGUGAGUUUCAAAACCCUACCAGGAAAACAAACAGGUCCAUACUCCAUACGGAAAAAAUUUUUCUCUCCCAAACAAACACAAGUUUGGUUUUUUUAAAAAGGGUGUGUGAUUGAAAAAAACGGGCUUUAAAAGGUGGGGGCCAAAGCACAGGGAAAGUUAUGAUUGGCCAAUCACAGGGCACCUCAACGAAAACCCCCAAACAGGAACAUUUCAGGGCCCUGUGAUUUGGGCAGAAGGAGAAAAACCCAAAAAACACCGGAUACCUGUAUCUGUAACCCACCAUCCUCAUGAAAAAUUGAGCCCCCCCCAGGUGAGAUCUUUUCAUGGAGCCCCAGACCCGAGGGGGAUUGACCGUUUAUCUUUAACUUCUUCCCUUUUUUAAAAUUGCCCAACAUUUUUUGCCUUCCACCAAGCUGUUUUUUUAUUUUCCGGAGCCCUCCCCGUUUGUGCAGGUCUACCAUUUUAUCCCCCGAUGCCUUUCACCUCUCUGGUCCUUUUGGCCCUUGUGGAGGGGUUUGGAAAUCUCUUUUUUGAGUGUGUGGGGCAGGGGGGUCUUUUAACAGGUAACGAUUUCCCCAAAAAAAGGUGCAGUUUUUUUUAGAUUCCGUCUCCACAGUUUGGGAAAUGUACCAUGAAGAAAUUACAGACCUUUUUCAGCUUUUGUAAGUAGGAAAAAAACCCGAAAAAACGGCAGUGAUCAAAUACGUUUCUCCACUGUAAUUAAAAAUAUAUAUAUCUUUUUUUUUUUUUUUUUUUCGAGAAAAUAACAUAGGAGGAUUGGAAAGGGGAUUCCAAAGGGGCAAGGUUUCAUUGAUGGGAAAGGGUACUAUUAUGAAAUAUUAAAGCUGAUUUCCCCCUAACAAAAAAAAACAAAAAAACUAAAAACAUGGAAGGGUUUUAUUUAAUUCGGCUGAUUCGAUGUUUAGAUACCUAAAGGUUUAAAAAAGGGGGACCGACGUUUUUGUUUCCCCCCCCCCCCUUUCCUUUGCGGCCCGUGGCUGGAAUUUUCAAUAAACUAAUACAAAAAAGACAUCCCAAAAUUUAAGACAGAUUUCAGAGCCUCUUGCUUGCACUUGAUACAGUUUCCCAAAAAAAAUACGAGCUACCUUUAAAUUUCGGACUAGUAAAAUUUUGUUAACCAUGUUUCUAUCAUAGGGGUACUUGUGGAUUUGGAUACCUAAUUGGGCCCUUUUCAAUUUUCGCAAUAUUAUAGAUCUAAAUUUUGUUAGUAGAUUUUUUUGGUUUAAGCCUUUUGUACUUAAAGGGCCAAAUUUUGUCAAACAGCAAAAAUACCUUUCUUGCAGUUUCUCAGGCAGGUACACUGACGUGAUUCAAGUGAAUUGUGUUUCCCAUGGCAGAGCGUCUAUCUCGAGCACUGGUCAUUCAAGUGCUAUGUUUCCUGAGUAGCAAGCUGCCGGACUUCUUCUUCUUCAAUGAGGUUUAACGACAUUUAGCAUCCAAUUUGUUGCAUUACCGCCACCUACUAAACUGGAGUACAACUCCCUCAUAUUUGCUUGAAAAAUUAAAUUAAAUAAAGAAAUACCAUACCAUCUAACACUACUCUCACAAAUUCAAAAUUAUUAUUAUAAUUAACACCACCCUUCUCCACUAUUUAUAUAUAUUCAUUCCUACCUCAUGCCCUCAACCUGAAAUUAUGGGACAUCACCACUUUACACUACCUGUAACUCUUCUGAUAUCAAAUCUCGCACACCCAAAUACCUCUCUGCAGCUGCCACCACAACCUCCAUUUUCUUUGACUUACGUUCCUUCCCUGCAGUACAAUUAAUAGCCAUUGCUAUAAAUGCUAAAAAUCCAAUCUUACUGAAAGGUAUAUCACUUUUUGGCCUAUCCCUCUGUACUGGUACAGCUCUACUACUCACACCACUCCUCAGGAUCCCUCCCCUUAGACCCAUCUUCCUCUAUUUUCUUCACUGCCUCAGCAUAUGACAACUUCUGCACUACUCAAUUUUUUAUGCCUUACACAAUUUGUCCUCCCUAUAGUCUCCCAUCAGACAGAAUAAUUUGUGCUGAUGUACUGUCCUCUGCAAUGACUUGUGUGCUGACUCUAAUCUGGCCCUCUAUUACAUUGUACUCUGUCAGGGUGUGUGGUGUUUAGGUGGUAGACAUGCUUACUCUUUGGCAUUAUGUAGGCAGCCUAACAGUGAGAAUAAUACAGAUUGCUAAGUGUAGGAAUGCCCCAAUUGGUUAGGGCCAAACCUAUUUGAACGGUGACAGGGUGAGGAUGUUGUCAGGAGGCCUAUAUUCCCAAAAUUAUGGUGCAAUUACAUUACACGUUCAAUGUGUCCAGGACAUGGUCCUUAAGCUCCUGGUGUCUAAUUCAAUUUAGGUUUAGGUUAUGUAAUGAUGUCAUGUCAUAGUAUCGUGAGGACCAGGUUAGAGUUACUAGAUAAGUGGCUUGGUGCCAUGGAGUCUACAUUCCGUUAUGUCAAAGGAGAUUACUGAUUGUUUAUGAUAGCAUGAUUGAGGGACAGGAUAUACUGUCUUGGGGUAAAGAGUAAUAACAUCAAAGAAUGGGAGUGACCAUGAUGAUUACCAGAUGUUCGUGGAGAGACUUGUAACAGGGUGUAUAUAUAGAGAGAGUGGAUCUUUGUUCUGGAGUUCGGAUAUGGUAGAGGCAUAGCUCUGUCCUUCUGUUAUAACUAACCAUGGUACCAUAUUCAAUAUCUAAUGUGAACUCCCCAUCAAAAGUGUCUAAGUACAUCCUUACAUUCGUAAUCACUUGAUACCCUAGAAUGUCGUCAUAAGAUAUUAUAAAACUGUUUUGCAUCUGAUCGAGGAAGUGGUCUAGUGUUGAUUAAAUGUUGCUUGCACCUGGGUCUUCUAGCGGUCUUUGUCGCAGUUGUUGGAGAGAGAUCCAUUCUCUGGCCGUCCUCAAAGAAGUUGUGAGGAGCGUAAAAAGGAGAGUAGAGUGGAGGUGCGCUGCUUAUAUAGGGCUGGUGGGCGGGACUCCAGGUAAUAGAGGCUCUUCCGAUUGAUCUGUUGUUUGUGUGUUGCUGCAUCAGUGGCUCCUCCAUUCCGACUGGCCUUCUGUUAAAUAGGGGUUCGGAGGGGUGAAAUAGGGGGCGAGUGGAGUAGGUUUUGGUUUUAGAUAGGUUUGGUUAGAGAAGGUUGGUUAAGGGGGUUUUAAAAUUAGGGGACGUGGGUUUUUUGGGGGUUUAGGAAAUUUUUUUAGUUAGAGUUGUGGGUUGGGGUUUCCCCACAGCACGGCCCCAAACUUUUUUGGGGAAAAAGGGUUUACAUUCCAAAUCUCGCCCAACCCAAAAAGAUUGGGGGGAACUUCAAAAAGGGAAAACUCCAAAAAAAAAAAACCUAAAAACGACUCAAAAAACGGACAACUUUGACCACAACAACCAAACCCCCAACCAUUUCUCUACCAAUUUUCUUUGGAAACCCAAAAAAACCCCAUUAUACGGGAUAAAUCAAAAAAUAAAUACCCAACAACUAAACAAAAUUUAGGAAAAGACAUCAAAAUUUUCUCCCAGUGGCGCAGAUCCAAGGCACUGCAUCCAGUGCUUGAGCAUCACUUCAACCCCCGGUUUAAUUCCAGUUUGGGAAACACAACCGGACGUAUUGGAGUUCCCUUGGGGGGGGCGCACCCUUGGCCCCGGGGCAGCCCUGUUUGGCCGGGGUAAAGGGCCCCAUUUUAAAUAGAAAUUUUUUCUUAAAGACUUGCCCCAGUUUUUAAAAAAAAUAAAAUAAAAAAAUAAAAUAACCUCACUCCCAUAAAACAACUUAAAAAAAACCCACACUAAACAUCAAAUCAUCAUAAGGCUUUAAAAAAAGUAAUCCCAAAAUAAAAAUCAACACUUUACUAACGGUCAAUUUUUAGAUCACCUACUCCUUUUAAGGGGUUUUUUUUCUUUUUUUUUUUCUAUUUUCUACUUGUCCGAGUGCAUGCUCCGCAAAACUGUCCCGGGGGCGAGAGGGAGAGAGAACCCAAGAAGGAGCAAAUUUUUAGUGCCCGAAAGGGCCAUGGGCCCCCAUUUUCCAGUUUGGGGCAUGGGGCUAAGGCACUGCAUCGCAGUGCUAACUGUGCCACAGAGAUCCUGGGGUUUGAACCCGGGCUUCGCGCCCCCCCGGCCCCCGGCCGGGAGACUCAAAUUUGGGGGGCACAAUUGGGCCCCCGUCGUCCCCGGGUAGGGGGGGGAAUGGCCGGCCCGGGAGUACUUUGUUGUAGAGCCUUGGCCUUUGCAAAGCCAGGGUUUCGGGUUCGAUUCCCACGGGGGGCCCGUAAAAAAAAAAAUGUGUAUUCACAAAUUUUAAUCCUCUUGGGAAAAGGUCUGCCCAAAAAGACAAAAGUAAAAUUUUAAAUUUCAAAAGCAAUAGUUAGGGUGGGUUACUUCAACCCGGGAAAAAUGAUUUUUUUCUUUUUAUGUUGGCCCCCUUAGUGUGAGGCCUAAGUAAGGUAUUGGGUUUUUGUCAACCAAAUGUGGGAGGAGGGGGAAACCCCCAGGCAUUGGAAGGAGGGAUUGGGUACCAAACCGGACGCCGGAAGGUCCCCAAAGAAACCAAAAACUAUCGGGCCCAAAAGCUUUAAAAUCACAUUUUUAAGAUUUUUGGAACGUAGAUUCCCAGAUGCUAAAAUACCUCCUUGGGGGCCAGUGGCCCAAGGGACUGCAUCCGUGCUUUCUGUGUCCUAAGAUCCUGGUUCGAUCCACAAUUGGCAAAAUUCGUCGUCCAGGGGAGGGGGGAAUGGCCGGGAGGGGUGGGGCUCAGUUGAUAAGCAUGGGUUUUUCAACGCCAGGGUUUUGGGUUUGAAAUUUCCCCCAGGGGGGCCCUUAAAAAAAAUAAAAUAAUGUUUCAAAUAACGGAAGUCUCUCUGGGUAAAAGCGUUUUGGGUUUAAAAGAAAUAAAUGUAAAUGUAACUUACUUCCUGAGAGCAUAAAGGGGUUUAUCCAAAAAAAAAAAAAAACAAAAAAAAAAAAAUGGGAAAAAAAAAACCCGGCGUCCUCUUAAAAGCCAAUUUUGGGAGUGAAGGGUAGGGGGGAAAGGGAGAUGUUGUUUUCCCUUUUUAUGUGGAGAAGGCCGGGGGGUUAAUUUGGAUUUUAGGAAGGGGUUUUAUCAAAAAGUUUUUUAUGGGGGUGGGGGAAGGGAAUGUUACAAAAAAACCGGGAAUUUAAAGGAAUUUUCCUUUUUUUUGGGAAAAGGGUUAUUAAGGGGGAGGGGGGGUUUUAAACAAGCGCCCAUUUGGGGGUUUGGGGUAAUUUUUCCAAACCCAAUUAAAACGUUUUGUUUUGGGGUUUCUCCCUUACUUUUAAUUUUUUUAAACCCCAGGUACAGGAAUAAGGGAGGUUCGGUUUUUAUUUUUUAAAAUUUUAAAAGGUCCCUUUUUUUGGGAAAGGGGGGGGACGAAAUGGGGGCCCUUUUAAAGGGAAGAAAAUUUGGGAAAAAGGGGGGAGACGGGGCAAUUUAUUUGGGAUUCGGUUUUUCUAUUAAAAGAAAACUCAAAAAAGCGUUCUUUACCGGAGGAAGGUUGGGGAUGAGGGGAAAAACCCGGGGUUAUUUGGAAGAAACUUGGAAGGUGGGGGGGAAAAUUAAAAAGGUCCAAAAAGUAUGCCCCUUUUCCCGACGGGGAAAGGGGUUGGGGGGCCCGGGGGUUUCCUCAUUUAAGACCAUGUAUUUUUGCAUUGGGUCUGAUCUGUAUAACCAUGGAAAUAUAGGGAUAUGGUUUUUGCAGGGCCCGGGCCUCACCCGGAAAAGGGUAGAGGUUUUCAAAACGGGGGAAGGGGCCAAAUAGGUUUUGUUGGGGCCCUUUUUCGGGACGUUCCCCCCGUUUUUCUGGGAAAUUUCAGGUGGAAUUGGGGGGGUAAUUUCCCCUUUUCAGAUUGGAACACAGCUUUGGGAAUUAAUUACUUGGGUUUUACCCUACAAGGGGCCUUUUGGGGUGCUCAUCCUGCGAAAAGGGGUUUUUGGGGAUUUCUGGGGAAAAGGGGCGAAAAACCGAAAAACAAUUUGGGGUUUUUGGUGGGGUUUUUUGAAAUUUUUAAACCAAAAAUAUUUCAGUUUUUCUCUGUGCGUUUUCCCCAAAAGGGUUUUAAGUCUUUUGGGGGGUUUAAGUAAGGACAAGUCCCGAUCUGCUUUGUCAGAGAAAGUAAUUUCCCUUGAGAUUCUGCCAUCACAAUUUCAGAGUCCUCUUUUAUUUACUCAUACGCUAAAACAAAUAAAUUUCCCCCCCCCUCUGUAGGGAGGGUGGAUUUUUCCACUUUUAAAACCCGCCUCCCCAACCAUUAGGUCAAAAAACCCUAACCCCACCCACCACACAACACACCACCCCACAACAACCCAAAAACAACCCCACCCCACACACACAAGCCCAACGUUUCUCUUUCUCCCUAAAUUCCUGUUAUCCCUUGGGUUUUUCAAUUUUCCUGUAGCCUUUUUCCUUGUGCUUUUUCUGGCCCUUUUAAAUCUUUUUCACCCUUGCGAAUUUUACUGGUCCCCCCCCUCACACCCCCUUUCCCAGCACAUUAUACCCAUUUUUAGGGGGGUUUUAAUAAUUUGGGGGUUAAUAAAUUUUCUAUCAAUCCCCUUUUUUAUAAAUUUUAUCCAUACAAAAAAAUUUUUUUUAUAAAAAAUGAACCACACCCCAUUUAAAAAUUUUAAGUUUUGGGUUUUUUCCUUUUAAAAACAUUACAAAAUUUUCUCAUUUUAAUACAGGUUCAACAGGGUUUACCCCCCCUUAUUAAAAAAAACGUAAAAGUAAUUUUUUUUCAAUUUUUACCCCAACUUUUUUCCCCCCUUCAGGGAAAAAACGUCAAGCCCCAUAGUAAAGAAAAUUUGCUUCAAACACAAACCCCCGCAAAAUCGGGUUUUUUGACUUAUACUUAAAACAAAACCUUUUUUAAAAACCCAAUAAGAUCAUUCCCCUAAAUUUUUUAAAUGAGAUUUAUAUUUUUUAGGUUUAAAAACCAGUCUGAAACUAUCCCGAAACGUCCCUUAUCCCCACCAAGCCUGGUGGGGCAUAUUCUUUUUUUUUUCCUUGGUCGGAGUCCGGCAUUUGGGCCCAUCUCCCCCACUGCUGUGAUACUGGUCCAAACCCCUUUUUUUCCCAACCCCGGACCCGGGGAAAAAGACAACAAAAAACAAAGAACAACCAUACCCCUAAAGCUAUAGCUCACCCAGAACGUUUUCACAAAAAAGUUUUCCCUUUUCCCCAAAAAUGUUUCCCCAACCCCCCAUCAUUUUGAUUUCCCCCCCCCGUUCUCAGCCCCUUUCUUUACUUAAAUUCCCUGUGAGACCUGCCAGUGCCUUUGUUCCUAUACCUCUGGGGGGUAUUUUUGGGGGUUAAAAAUACAAAAAACCCCCCACCACUUGCAAAUUUCCCCCCUUUUCUGCUAAAAGCAUAUUUAAAAAACCCACUUUCUGCGGGCAUUUAGUGGGUGGCGGAAUUUUGCCUAGAUUUUAUUCCUGCUCCCCCCCCGGGCCCAAUUAACCCAAAACCCUUUUUUUUGAUGUAAAUUUAAACCCCAUUUUUUAAUUUUUAACCCACCAGAAAAAAGUUGUUUUAAAACCCCUUUUCCAAAUUUUAUCUUUUGAUUCGCAAAUUCGUGUCUAUAACCCCCUUUAUAAUUUUUCCCGGGGUUUUUAUGGUGAAUUGGGUUGGGGCCCUUUGAUUUCCUUUUUAAGAGUGGUUAUUUUAUUCAGAACAAUUUUUGGUGGGUUUUGGUUUUGGUUUCCCCAAAACUAUCACACAAAAACAUGGUCGAGGCCCUUUGGUGAUUUUAAGGGUUGGGCCCACCGUUUAACAGGCCCCUAACUAAAUUUGUUUUUAAACCCCCCACCCCCCGCUUUUGUUAAAUUUCACCCCCCUUACCCCAAAAAUUCUCAAAUUUUAAAAUUUCCCUUUUACCCCUUUUCCUUUUUUUUCAUUUCCCUUUCAAAGGGGAAAAAUUCUAACCCUUUUUGGGUUGGUUUUUUGGGGUAUUUAGGAUUCCCUUUUUAGGGCCCCUUUUCCAAAGGGGUUUUUAGGAAACAACGGUUUUUUUUAUAACCCCCCUGUGAUAAAAUUUUGGGCUACCAGCUGAUCCCGUUUUCGGAUUUGGAAGGGUUCCCUUUUUCUCCCCCGAAAAAAGAACCCCCAAACUAUAUCUGCCCGAAAUCAAUCCCCACGGGCCCAAAUUCCUUGCCCUGUCCCAUUUUUGGGUUAACCUUUGGCUUUAAACCCUAAAAUUUAAACCCGUUCCUUUUUACUUUAUUUCCCCUGGGUUUUUGUUUUUAAACCCCCCUCCCCGGGGUUUUUGGCGUUUCCCUUCCUUUUUCAUAGUAAUUUUUUCCCCGGUAGUUUUUAAACCAAACCCUUUUUUCCCAAAACAGACGUUCCCCAUGGGAAAUGUAUUUCCAACCUUCAGGCCCUUUUUAAAUUUCUUGUAACCCCCCCCCCUUCUUCCAAAGGCCCCCCCCAAAAACCCCAAAACCCCUAUCUCUUCCUGGAAAAGUCAAUGGUAAACUUGAAACCCCCAUCUUGUCCUAACUGCUUUAACUAUUAAAAAUCAUUCCCCCAAUUUUGUCUUUAUUGGUUUCAGUAUUUCUACAAGAUCGAAUCCCCUGCUAAAUUUUCCCCGUUUGGUUGACUUGGAUUAAUCCCUCAUUCGUUUAAAAUGAUAUGCACUCAAGUCCCCCCCAAAUCCCCAAAACCCCGCCUUUUCCCAAACCUGUCCCGACUCCCUGCAUGUUUUUUCCCCUACCCACCCCCUUAUAAACCCCCCCCAUUUAGAAAGGGGGCGUUUUUAGGGUUUUUUUUCGUUAAAAAGGUUUUACCCCCAACCCUAACGGUUUGGGAUUGGGCCUACCUUUUUUCAGGGGGCGGGGACCCAAGUGGCUCUUCUCAGCUAAAUUUUUUAUGCAAUGGCAAAUUCCAAAGGACUUUGGGAUGGGGCCCCCUCCCCGUUUUGGGGCUGCUUUCAAAACCUUUUUCCCAACGUUGGUUCCACACCCCGUCCCGGUUUUUAAGGGGGGUCCCCUUCUCCUUUUUUUCACCCCCUUUUUGGCACAAAAACCCCCCCCCCUUGAAUACGGUUGGGUUUAAAAUAACCCCCCUCACGUUUUUUCUGCAGGGUUGCUUCUAGUUCUAUUUUUCUUUCCCCUUCCCGGGCCCCCCCAACUGUGGCUUCUGUAAGGGCUUUUUCCCAAAAACCUUUUUCAAAGGGGGAUAAACCCCUCUUUUUUCUUUGGGGUUUUCCAAAUUUCUUCCCCUUUACUCCGGGGAUAAAUCUAUAAAAUCAAAAUUUCUAAUUGCUUUGGGAAAAGGGGAACUUAGCCCGGGGAUACUCACCCUUAGGUGGGGCCCUUUUUUCCCGCCCUUGGGUUAUUUUGAAACACAGAUAAAAACAUCUUGAACAAAGUUUUUUUAUUUUUUUUAAUUAGUAAUCCCCUAUGCAACCAAAAUGUUUUUUCCCAAAACUGCUCCCAACCCCCCUCCUCCCCCCUCUUGACCCCGUCACUUCCCCCCCUGUCAUUUUUACCCCCCUCCCCAAAAAACACUUAGGUAAAGUUGGGAAUUUUUCUCUAAUUUCCCAUCCCUUUUUUAUUUUUUUAACUUUUCCCUUGCUUCUUUAUUUUCCCCCCUUUUUCCCCGUUUUCCCUUAAUAAAUAAAGAUCUAAAGGGAAAAGCCCUUUUUUACAUUAUUUGGUUUCCUCCUCUGAUUCUGCACUAUUGCAUUAAUUUUUGUUUUUUAAAUUUCCCUUUUUUUUUUUUUUUUUUUAUUAAAGCAUAAUAAAAAAAAAUUUAAAUGACAACUUUAAAAAUACCUCCAAAUUUCUUUUAUCCUUUUUUAAAGUAAACCAAAAUUAGAAAAAUUGGGCCCAGCCCAAAAGGGGAUCCCUCAUUUAGGGAAAGCUCUCUCUCUCUCUUCUGUUAUUUUAUGGGUUUAAAAACAAAUAUUUUUUACCAAAUUUUUAAACUUCACACUUUUUACAGUAAAUUAUAAAUUACUUAAAACCCCUCUCAUGCCUUUGAAAUUUUCCAGUGGGUGAUUAAAUUUAAAACCAGGAAAUUAAAAAAAGAAAUUUUAAGGCCAAAUUUAAAAUUUCAACGAACUUUUUUCCUUUCCCUAUAUCCAAACUUUACCCCCCAAAAUUUUUAAAUUUUCAACCCAAAUUUUUCUUUUCCAAGGUUCAUUAAGUUUCCCUGAAUUUAUUCCCAUACGAAAACAUAUAUACCCCCAAAAUCAAACCAAAAAAGGGGGAAAAAAUCCCCUAAAUUCACUGUGCGUGUUUCCCCCAAGAAACCUUUUUCCCUUGACCUCUUGAAACCCCCCCAAAAAUUUAAACAAAAACCCUUUAUAACCCUCCCCCUAGUGUGUUGUUUUUUAAAUUUUAAACCCCCAAAUUUAAAAAAAACCCAAACCAAACAUAGCCUUUUGGGGGGGUGGGUAAAGGGGCCCCCCCCCGGGGGAAGGGAAAGGGACGUAAAAAGGGGUUUUUUCCAAAGGUAGUUUUUUCCUGUAAAUCCACCCCUGGCUACUCCCAUCUCCAAAGUUUGAUCUAGAAUGUUGGAGGGGACUACAGAAAGACUAGGAGGGUGUUGAUCCCUGAUUUCUUUAAAGACUCGGGAAAAUGGUAUCGGAUUUUAGGCCCUUUUUCGCAAUGGUUCAAAAGAUCCAAGGACAGGACCCUUGGGGCCCCAAUUUUUUUGCAUGGAAAAGGGGGGGUGGAAUCAGGAAACGUAAAACAGAUCAUCUGGGUGUAAAAUUUCGGCGGAGCUGGGGGCCAAAACGGUUUCCUUUCCCGUGGUUGGGGGGAAGGUUUAAGGCCAAAAAGUAGUUUAAAUUUUCUUUUUAUUCAUGUCAGUUUAAUGAGUUUUCCCCUUUUUUAGCCAAAGUAGCAAUAAAAACCUCUUGAGGGGCUAAAAAACCCAUGGCAGGAUUAAAAAAGAUGGAUUUCAAAUAAGUUUACUUGGGUUCCACCCUUGGGGGGUUGGGGGGGAAAGAGGUGGUUUGAUGAACAGGCUAAACAAGCACUUAGUUUGGGGAAUUUUAUUUUUAAGUGGCAUGAGCCCCCCAAAGGGGAGGCAAAAAAACUGGGUAAAAGUGAUUUGGGGCCCGAGAGGCAGGGGCUGGAAAUAAAUAGUAAGGAAAGCCUUUAUUUCAAGUUUCAAGAAAUUGGGGGGGGAGGAUGGCAGGAAGGGGCAAAAAAGGAGGCUUUUUUUUUUUCAAGAAAUUUAAGGGGUGGGACACAGCCCGUUGAUAAGACUUAAAGUGAUAGGAAAACAUUUCCAAAAGGGAAUUGAUUUUUGGGCGGAAAUGAGACUGUUGGGGGCAAUUUAAUUGGGGGUACGGGUGGGGAAAGUAUCAGGGGGGGGGAAAAAAGAAAAAUUAAAAUUUUUAAAAUUUUUUAAAGGGGGGGAGAAACCCCCCGGAAAACAGGGGGAAACCCCAAGGUCAAGCCCAACAACACCCCUCUUUACUACAUUAUGUAAGAUUAUGGAACGUAUGAUUACGGAGAUGCUAACUACCUCCUGAGUGGCGCAGUGGUCUAAGGCACUGCAUCACAGUGCUAGCUGUGCCACUAGAGAUCCUGGUUCGAAUCCACAAUUGGCAAUGCGUCGUCCAGGGUAGGGGAGGGAAUGGCCGGCAGGGAUGUAGCUCAGUUGAUAGAGCAUGGCGUUUGCAACGUCAGGGUUGUGGGUUUGAUUCCCACAGGGGGCCAGUAUAAAAAAUAAAAUAAUGUAUGCACUAACUGUAAGUCUCUCUGGAUAAGAGCGUCUGCUAAAUGACUAAAAUGUAAAUGUAACUUACUUCCUGGAGAGCAGAGGGCUAUUAAUGCCACAUCAGAGUGGGUUCAGGAAGGGUAGGGGAACUAUGGAUCCAGUGCUCUGCUUAGAAGCAGAGGUCAGGAAGGCUCAGGUGAACAAGGAGACUGUUGUAGCUGUCUUUUUUAUGUGGAGAAGGCGUAUGAUAUGAUGUGGAAGGAGGGGUUGUUAAUCAAGCUUGAUAUUAUGGGGGUAGGAGGAAGAAUGUACAACUGGAUAAAGGAUUUCCUUUUUGGAAGGGCUAUCCAGGUGAGGGUGGGGAAGUCUUUAUCAGGCAGCUACUUGGUGGAUAAUGGUACACCACAGGGGAGCGUGAUUUGUUCUCUGUUGUUCUCAAUCAUGAUCAAUGAUGUUUACUCUCAGGUACAGCCGGAUAUAGGGAGGUCGUUCAUUGCAGAUGAUGGUGCCUUAUGGAAGAGGGGAAGAAAUGUGCCAUACAGGAAGCAAUUGAUGAGGUAGAGCGGUGGGCAUUCAUGUGGGGAUUCAGGUUCUCUAUAGAGAAAACUCAAACAGCGUUCUUUACCAGGAGGAAGGUGGGAGAUGAGGUAUGCUUGAGGUUAUGUUGGAGAAACUUGGAGAGGGUGGUGGGAAAGUGUAAGAAGGUGCUAAAUGUGAUGCGCUGUCUGACGGGGAAGGAGUGGGGGGCUGGGUGUUCCUCAUUGAAGACCAUGUAUGUUGCAUUGAUCUGAUCUGUAAUAGACUAUGGAAGUAUAGCAUAUGGUUCGGCAGGCCGGACCUCACUGGAAAGGCUAGAUGUCAAACAGGGGCAAGGACUCAGAAUAUGUAGUGGGGCGUUUCGGACGUCCCCAGUGGCUGCAUUACAGGUGGAGAUGGGGGAUAUGCCAUUGCAGAUUAGGAGACAGCAGCUGGCAAUUAAUUACUGGGUCAACCUACAAGGACAUGGGGUGUCUCAUCCUGCGAAAGGGAUUUUACAGGCAUGCUGGGAACAUGAGCGAAGACUGAACACAAGCUUUGGGUGGGUGGGUGUUAUGUGAAUUAUUAAACAAACUAUUUCAGUGUCUCUGUGCGUCUCCCAAAAGGUUGUAAGUCUUUUGGGAUUUAAGUAACGGACAGAGUCCCGAUCUGCAUAGUCAGAGAUCUGUAUUCAUUGAGAAUUCUGCCAUCACAAUUUCAGAGUCCAUCUUUUAUACUCAUACGUCAUACAAAAUAAAAUCCCUCCCCUCUGUAGGCAGGCUGGAGUUUUCCACUUUAAAACUGCUCUCCUAACCAUUAGGUCAAACACAUACACACACACACACACACACACACACACACACACACACACACACACACACACACACACACACACACACACAAGCCUAACAGUUUCUCUACUCCCUAAAUUCCUCAGUUAUCUUGGUUUCUCAGUUGCCUGUAGCCUUUCUCCUUGUGCUUUGUCUGGCCUAACUCUUCUUCACAUUGCUGAGUCUUUACUGGUCCUACACUCACACAUUUCUAGCACAUUAUACACAGUUUCAGGGUGUAAUAAUUGGUUAUUAAUAAUUAAUCUAUCAAUCCACCCUUUGACUAAAUAUUAUGCACAUACAAAAUAUGUUGUUAUAGAAAUGAACCACACUCAUUGAAGUAUAUAAGUUGGUUUGCAUAUAAAAACAUUACAAAUUGUCUCAUUCAAUACAGGUUCAUCAGGGUUACCCCAUUAUUAAAAGCGUAACGUAAUUUUUUAGCAAUGGUACCUAACUUGUUUACCACCUAUCAGGAAACAACAGUCUAAGCCUAUAGUAAAGAACAUUUGCUUCAUCACAUCCUGCAACAUCGGUUAACUAGUACAUUAUACUUAAAACAAGACUUUAAUACACAAUAAGAUCAUUACAAUAACUUUUAAACUAGAGAUUUAUAGUUCUAGGUAAACAUCCAGUCUGAAACUAUCUGAAUCGUCGUCAUCCACCACCAAGCCUGGUGGGUCAUAUUCUUCAUUCCUUAGGUCGGAGUCCGGCAUUGGGCCGUAUCUCACCAUCUGCUGUGAUACUGCUCCAACGCCUUGCUCACCAAUCCUCGGACACAGGGAAUAAGACAACAUCCACAAAGAACAACCAUACCCAUAGAAGCUAUAGCUGCACCCAGAACAGUUGCAACAAUAGCUUUCCAUUUUCCAAACAUGUUAUCAAACCAACCAGUCAUUGAUGUAUUCACCCCCCAGUUCUCAGCCCAUUCUUUACUUAAUGCAGUGAGACCUGCCAGUGCUCUAGUUACUGUACCAUCUGGGGCUGUAUUGUUGGGGAUAAACAUACAACAAUGACCUCCCACCAUCUUGCAAAUCCGCCCUUCUCUGCUAAAAGCAUAUUGAGAACCAAACUAUUCUGCAGGUCAUGAGUGAGGUGGAGGAUAGUUGGCCUGAGAUUUUAUUCACUGCAUCCCCUGUCUAAUUAACGAACCUUUGUAGAUGUAAUUAAUCCAGUCAACAUUUGUAUUAAUUGUAACCCACCAGAAAAACGUUGUUGUAAACCCUUCUCCAAUUUGAUCUGUGAUUCGCAUUACUUUGGUGUCUAUAACAUUGAUAAUCUCCGGGGUUCAUGGUGAAUUGGGUUGCCUUAGUAUUAUCCUUUUUAAGAGUGGUUAUUUUAAUAUCAGAACAAUUAGGUGAGGUUUGGUUUGAUCCCAAAUCUAUCACACAAGAGAACAUGGUCUGAGGCAUAGGUGCAGUUACAAGGGUUGGCCUACCUGUUGAACAGGCAUAACAAUUAGUUUGAUCCAACACCCUAGCUGUGUAGUUCAUCCACCUUACCCAAAAGUUCUCAUUUGAAAUUCCUUCUACUUCUCCUUGGUUCAUUUCCUGCAAGAGGAAAUAUUCUACCCUUGGUGGUUUAGUGCUAUUUAGGAUUCCUUCUGAGGGCCUUCCAAGGGGUAUUAGACACGUUUUUUGAUACCUCUAGUGAUAACAUUGGAUCUACCAGCUGAUCUGUCUCGGAUGUGGAAGAUUCAUUUUUCUCCUGAAAAAUGAACCUCAAACAUAUAUCUGCCCGAAAUCAUCAACACAGGCCCAAUAGUUCCUUGCUAUGUCAUCUUGCAUAAUUGACUUUACCGUAAUCACCAGUUCCGUUUUACAUUUAUCAUGGGUUUGUUUAAUUCCCCAUCGGUGUACUGCGUCCAUUCCAUUCUCAUAGUAUGUUCCCCAGGUAUGUUUAAACACCCUUGCCCAAAGACAUGAGCGUUCCCCAGUGCAAAUGUAUUUACCAUACCUUCUAGGACCUAACUUUCUUGUACAUGCCCCCUUCUUACCAAAGCCCCCAAAACCUCCAAAACCUCCUAUCUCUUCAUGGAAGAAGUCGAAUGGUAUCUUGAAUCCCCCAUCUUGUCCUAAACUGACUUUAACUAUUAAAAUAAUCAUUCCCCCAAUAGUCUUUAUUGGUUUCAGUAUUUCUACAAGAUCGAAUCAGUGCAUAAUUUCCCUGUUUAGGUUGACUUGGAUUAAUCCAUAAUAUCGUUAACAUGAUGAUGCAGCUCAGAGUCCCCCAAAAUCCCCAAAACCGCCAUCCCAAUCCUGUCCCUGACUCACCUGCAUGGUACUUCCCCAUACCCACACCUCUAUAAACACCCCACAGUGAUGAAAGGUCGGGGUAGGGUUUCUUCGUUAACAGAGUUUACUCCCGAACCCUAACGGUGUUGGUAUGUGGGCCUACCUUUUUGCAGUGGGUAACGUUGACCCAAGUGGCUCUCUCAGCUAUUGUUAUAGCGAAGGCAGUUACCAAUAGGACUUGGUAUGGUCCCUCCCAGUGUGACUGCUUUCAAUCCUUUUUCCUCAACGAUUGGUUCCACACCCAGUCUCCAGGUUAUAUAGAGUGGGUCACCUUCUCCUUUAGUUCACCUGUGUGGCACAAAACCUCUGACAUACAGGUGUGGUUAAUAAACUACCUUCUCACGUGUUCUGCUAGGGUGCUCUCUAGUUCUAUGUCUGCCUGUCUGGUCCUGCCAACUGUGGCAUUCUGUAAGGUCUUCCAAACACUUUCUCAAAGGGGGAUAACCCAUCUUUAUCUGGGGUUACUCUAAAGUUCUUCCCUUCACUCCGUGAUAACUCUAUAAAAUCAAUUUCUAAUUGCUGGAAAGGGUACUUAGCCGGAGGAUACUCACCCUGAGGUGGCCUUUGUCUGCCCUAGUGAUUAUUUUGAGCACAGAUAACACAUCUUGAACAAAAGUUUUUUUAUUUUUUAUAAUUAGUAAUCCCAUAUGCAACAAAGUGUUGUCUAAUCUGCUCUACCAUCCAUCCCUCCUCUUGACACAUGUCACUGCCCAUGUGUCAAUAUUACCACCUACCUAAACAAUCACUUAGGUAAUAUUGGUAAUUUAUCAUCUAAUUGCCAUCCCUUAUUUAUUUUUGAGACUGUCCCUUGCUUCUUUAUUGCUCCUAUCUUCCUGAUCUCAUUACUAAAUAAAUGAUCUAGGUAAUAGCUAUUUCACAUUAGAUUGUGCCUUCCUCUGAUUACUGCAGCUCAUUGCAUUAAUUUAGUUUCAAAUACCAACUUGUUGUUUAUUAAAGCAUAAUAAAAAUGAAAUUUAAAUGACAACAUUUGAUAAUACCUCAAUUUACUUCUAUCCUGUUAAAGUAAUCCAAGAUUAGUACAAUUGACUAGCAACAGGUAUCCCUCAUUCAGGGAAAGCUCUCUCUCUCUCUUCUGUUAUUUUAUGGUUCAAAUCAAAUAUAUUUUUACCAAAUUAUAAUCUUCACACUUUUCACAGUAUUAUAAAUUAUCUUAAAGUCCUCCUCUCAUGCCUUUAGAAUUUACCAGUGUGGAUGAUUAAUUAACACCAGGAAGUUAAAACAGAGUUCAGAGGCAAUUGAAAGUAUUCAACGAACUGUUCCAUCCCAUAGUAUACCAAACAUUACCAUCAUUCUAAAUAUUUCACAAAUGUUACUUAUCCCAAGUGUUCAUUAAGUCCUCAUGACAUUCAUUCUCAUAAGAAAUCAUAUAUACCCCAAAGUCAGCCAAAACCGAAAAACUCCAUAAAAUUCACUGUGCGUGCUCCUCCAAGACCUAUCACCCUUGACCUGCUGAAACCCCCCCAAAAUUGAAACAACAACCCUUUAUAAACAUCAUACUAGGUGUGUUGUUUUUUAUUUGAAAACCCCAAUUAAAAAACAACAACCAAACAUAGCUUUGGGUGGGUGGGUAAUGCCCAGGCGAAGGAGAUGGGACUGUAUGGAAGGGAGUUUAGUCCAACGGUAGUUAUUCCUGUAAAUCCACCAUGGCUACUCCCAUCUCCAAUAGUUGAUCUAGAAGUGUUGGAGAGACUACAGAAAGACUAGGAGGGUGUUGAUCCAGCUGAUUUCUUUAAGAGACAUCUGGAAACUGUGUAUCAGGAUUUUGAGGCCAUUUACGCAGAUGGUUCAAAAGAUCCAAGGACAGGACGUAGUGGGUCAGCAUUUUUAGUGCAGGAAUGUGGGGUGGAAGUCAGGAAACGUAAUACAGAUCAUCUGGCUGUAUAUACGGCGGAGCUGGUGGCCAUACUGUUGGCCUUGCAGUGGUUGGAGGAAGUUAAGUCAGACAGAGUAGUUAUUUGCUCUGAUUCAUGUGCAGUGUUAAUGAGUCUCCAGUCCUUUAGCUCACGUAGCAGAUAAGACCUGCUUUAUGAGGUGCUACAAACCCAUGGCAGGAUUAAACAGAUGGAUAUUCAGAUAAGAUUUACUUGGGUUCCAGCCCAUGUGGGAGGUGGAGGGGAAAGAGGUGGUAGAUGAACAGGCUAAACAAGCACUUAGUAGUGGGGAUGUUGAUGUUGAAGUGUCAAUGAGCAAGGCAGAGGCAAAAAGACUGAUGUAUACAGUGAUGGUGCAGAGAUGGCAGGAGCAGUGGAAUAUAAAUAGUAAGGGAAUGCAUUUAUUUCAAGUACAGAGGAAAGUUGGGGAGGGGAGGAUGGCAGGAAGGGACAGAAGAGAGGAGGCUAUUUUUUUUACAAGAUUAAGGGUGGGACACAGCCAGUUGAAUAAGACAUUAAACGUGAUAGGAAAGCAUCCAACAGGAAAGAGUGAUUAUUGACAGGAAAUAGAGACUGUGGAGCAUGUAUUGCUACAGUGUGGGCAGUAUCAGAGGGAAAAAGAGAGGAUGAGAUUUAGUAUGAGGGAGAAGGGGAUACAGGAAAUUAGUUUAAAGAGUAUAUUGAGCAGAACGCCAUUAGAUAUAGUCUCAAAUAUUUUGUUAUAUUUUUUAAGAGAAACUGGGUUGGCAGGUAGGAUUUAGUUUCUCCCUGUCUCUGGCCCACAUUCCAGUACGGUAGGUGGCGGUAAUGCACCAUAACGUUGGAUGCCAACCGCCGAUAAACCCCACUAAAGAACAAGGGAUUUUUUAAAUCGUUGAAAAACAAACCUUACUCGGUGUCAAGGGCUGAUGUAAGUGUGGUGUGGAAGUCAGGCGCAGGACACCGAAGCUUAGUCCAACAAAGCUUACUAGUUAACCACUAGGCAAAAAUACAACAAACGGCCUCAAAAACACACAGAGGCGAGCGAUUACGCAAACUGUGCGUAAACUCCAAAACAACAAACAGAGCAAACACGCAGCACUAACUGACAUGCAAAAAACAACACACAACCUAACCAAUACAAAACAGGCAACUUAUAGAACACAUAAUCAGACACAAACGGACACAGGUGCAAUAGACAGACAAAAGCAAUCAAACAUAGAAACAUUCAACGGUGGCAGCUAGUACUCCGGGGACGACGAACGCCGAAGACUGCCCGAACAAGGAGGAGGAGCAGCCUCGGCAGAAUCCGUGACAGUACCCCCCCCCCUUGACGCGCGGCUCCAGCCGUGCGCCGACCCCGGCCUCGGGGACGGCCAGGAGGACGCGGACCCGGGCGCGUGGGAUGCCCAUGGUGGAACUCAGUCAGGAGGGAUGGAUUUAGGAUGUCCCUCCUAGGCACCCAGCACCAUUCCUCCGGACCGUACCCCUCCCACUCCACGAGAUACUGGAGACCACUCAUCCGGAGCCUCGAGUCCAAGAUGGUCCGGACCCUGUACGCCGGGGCCCCCUCGAUGUCCAAUGGGGGCGGAGGGGUCUCUCCUAUCUCAUCUUCUUGGAGUGGGCCAGCUACCACCGGCCUGAGAAGAGACACAUGGAACGAGGGGUUAAUAUUCUUGUAAUCAAUAGGCAGUUGUAACCUGUAACACACCUCGUUCAAUCUUCUCAGGACUUUAAAGGGCCCCACAAACCGCCGACCCAGCUUCCGGCAGGGCAGGCGGAGGGGCAGGUUUCGAGUCGAGAGCCUGACUCGAUCUCCCGGUGCGUAUACCGGUCCCUCACUGCGGUGGCGAUCGGCGCUCGCCUUUUGUCGACUGAUGGCCCGCUGCAGAUGGACAUGUGCAGCGUCCCACGUCUCCUCCGAGCGCCGAAUCCACUCAUCCACCGCAGGGGCCUCGAUCUGGCUCUCGUGCCAUGGUGCCAGGACCGGCUGAUACCCUAAAACACACUGGAAAGGUGUUAAAUUGGUGGAGGAGUGGCGGAGAGAGUUCUGGGCCAUCUCUGCCCAGGGGAUAUACCUAGACCACUCCUCCGGCAGGCCCUGGCAAUAGGACCUCAGAAACCUACCUACAUCCUGGUUGACUCGUUCAACCUGCCCAUUGCUCUCUGGGUGGUACCCCGAGGUAAGGCUCACCGAGACCCCCAAGCGUUCCAUGAACGCCCCCCAGACUCUGGAGGUGAACUGGGGACCUCGGUCAGACACAAUAUCCUCGGGGACCCCAUAGUUCCGGAACACGUGGGUAAAUAGGGCCUCAGCUGUCUGUAGGGCAGUAGGGAGACCCGGCAUUGGGAGGAGACGACAGGCCUUGGAAAACCGAUCCACAACGACCAAAAUGGUGGUAUUACCCUGGGAGGGGGGAAGGUCGGUCACAAAAUCCACCGAGAGGUGGGACCAUGGUCGUUGUGGAACGGGCAGGGGAUGUAACUUUCCCCUGGGCAAAUGUCUAGGCGCCUUACACUGGGCACACACCGAGCAGGAGGAGACAUAAACCCUCACAUCCCUAGCUAACGUUGGCCACCAGUAUUUCACGCUAAGGCAGUGCACUGUCCGGCCAAUACCUGCAUGUCCAGAGGAGGGUGAUGUAUGAGCCCAAUAAAUAAGGCGGUCACGAACCUCGAGCGGAACGUACGUCCGCCCCACAGGACACUCGGGGGGAGUAGGGUCGGUACGCAGUGCCCGCUCGAUCUCCGCAUCGACCUCCCACACCACCGGAGCCACCAGACAAGACUCCGGCAGUAUGGGAGUAGGCUCGAUGGACCUCUCCUCUGUGUCAUACCGCCGGGACAGGGCGUCUGCCUUACCGUUCUGGGACCCUGGGAUGUAUGUGAUCUUAAAAACAAACCGGGUCAGGAACAUGUUCCACCUAGUCUGACGAGGGUUCAAUCUCCUAGCUGCCCGGAUGGACUCCAGGUUACGGUGGUCAGUCAGAAUGAGGAAAGGGUGUUGAGCCCCCUCAAGCCAAUGCCUCAACACCUUUAGGGCCUGGACUACAGCCAACAGCUCCCUGUCCCCUACGUCAUAAUUACGCUCCGCCGAGCUGAGCUUCUUAGAGUAGAACGCACAGGGGCGGAGCUUGGGUGGCGUGCCGGACCGUUGCGACAGGAUUGCCCCGAUUCCGGCCUCGGACGCGUCUACCUCAACUUGAAAUGGUAAAGCGGGGUCCGGAUGCGCCAGCACCGGAGCCGAAGUGAACAGGUUCUUCAGUCUAACAAAUGCCCUGUCCGCUUCAGCUGACCACUGCAAACGCACCGGACCCCCCUUUAGCAGGGACGUAAUGGGAGCUGCCACCUGUCCAAAGCCCCGGAUAAACCUCCGGUAGUAAUUAGCAAAACCCAAAAACUGCUGCACCUCUUUUACAGUGGUUGGAGUUUGCCAAUUACGCACGGCCGACACACGGUCAACAUCUAUCUUCACACCAGACGCGGACAAUCGAUAACCCAAAAAGGAGAUGGACUCCUGGAAAAACAGGCAUUUCUCUGCCUUAACAUACAAGUCAUGCUCCAACAGCCUCCUCAAUACUCGGCGCACCAGGGCUACAUGCUCGGCUCGGGUAGAAGAGUACACUAGGAUGUCGUCAAUGUAUACUACCACACCCUGCCCAUGCAUGUCCCGGAAAAUCUCGUCAACAAAGGAUUGGAAGACUGAAGGAGCAUUCAUUAACCCGUAUGGCAUGACGAGAUACUCGUAAUGACCCGAGGUGGUGCUAAAUGCUGUUUUCCAUUCAUCCCCCUCCCUAAUGCGCACCAGAUUGUACGCGCUCCUGAGAUCCAACUUUGUGAAGAACCGCGCUCCGCGUAAUGACUCCGUCAUAGUCGCAAUCAGAGGAAGAGGGUAACUGUACUUAACCGUGAUCUGAUUGAGACUACGGUAAUCAAUACACAGGUGCAAACCCCCGUCCUUCUUCUUCACAAAGAAGAAACUCAAGGAAACCGAGGAAGUGGAGGACCUGAUGUAUCCCUGUGCCAAGGACUCGGCUAUGUAAGUCUCCAUAGCCGCUGUCUCUUCUUGAGACAGGGGAUACACACGGCUCCGCGGAAGUGCCGCUCCUGUUUGGAGCUCUAUCGCACAAUCCCCCUGUCUAUGAGGUGGUAGCCGUGUUGCCCUAGUUUUGCUGAACACAAGUGCUAAAUCCUCAUAUUCAGGGGGAAUGCGCAUUGCGGGCACUUGGUUCGGACUCUCCACCGAGGUCGCCCCUAAGGAAACACCUAGACAUUUCCCUACACACUGGGCAGACCACUCCAUAAGAGCCCUCUGUUGCCACGCAAUGGUAGGAUCAUGGGCGCUUAACCAGGGAAGCCCCAGCACCACGGGAUAUGCAGGAGAGUCGAUCAGAUAAAACUGAAUGAUCUCCUCAUGACCCCCCUGCGUCGUCAUCUUAAGUGGUGCUGUGACUUCUCUGAUCAACCCCGACCCCAGCGGCCGGCUGUCUAGGGCAUGAACAGGAAAAGGGGCUUCUACCGGCCGAAGGGGAAUUCCUAGCCUAUAACAAAAUUCACGAUCAACAAAAUUCCCAGCUGUGCCUGAAUCUACUAGCGCCUUAUGCUGGGAAUGAGGUGCCACCUGUGGAAAUCUCACAGGUAUACUCAUGUGACCAACAGAGAGCUCUGGGUAAGUGGGGCGCCUACUCACCUGAAAUGACUCCCCGGUGCGUGACCUGUUGUCCCCUCUCCCAGGAGACCCUCCCCAGCACCUAGCCGCAGUGUGUCCUCCACGGCCACAGUUGGUGCAGGGGACGGCCCCCCUCGGGUUCUCUCUCCUCCUCUCCCUAGCGCCAGCACCCCCGAGCUCCAUGGGAAUCGGCUCGGAGGUGCUGGAGGGUGGAAUGGACGACCCCCACUCGGGACGUCCGCGGGUAGCCAGCAGGGUGUCGAGACGGAUGGAAAUGUCCACCAACUGGUCGAAAGGAUAGGUUGGUGUCCCUGCAGGCCAGCUCACGACGAACGUCCUCUCGUAGGCUACACCGGUAAUGGUCGAUGAGGGCCCUCUCAUUCCACCCCGCAUCCGCCGCUAGAGUCCGGAACUCCAGGGCGAACUCCUGUGCACUCCUCUUCCCCUGUCGGAGGUGGAACAGACGCUCCCCCGCCACCUUCCCCUCAGGUGGAUGAUCGAACACAGCCCUGAAGCGGCGGGAGAACUCCGCGUAGGUGAUGGUAGCGGCGUCUAUUCCCCUCCAUUCGGCGUUGGCCCACUCCAACGCCUUGCCGGAUAGACAGGAGAUGAGGGCGGAGAGACGCUCUCGUAUCCCGAGGGCACCGGGUGUAUGGUGGCCAGGUAUAGUUCCACCUGCAGGAGGAACCCCUGACACCCGGCUGCAGAACCAUCAUAUGCCCUCGGGAGCGAGAACCGAAUGCCACUGGGUUCCGGUGCUGGGAGAGGAGGACUGGCCGAUGGUGAUGGUAAGGUGUGCGAAGGCGUGGGCACCUCUCCCGUAACCAACCGGCGUAGAGUGUUGGACACCUCGUUCAUGGCGGCCCCAAGUUGCCGGAUCAUGGUGUCUUGGUCGCUGAUCCGAUCCUCCAGCGACUUGGGUGCCGCCGCUGCUCCUGCUGACUCCAUAAUGGUGUGUUGUUCUGUCAAGGGCUGAUGUAAGUGUGGUGUGGAAGUCAGGCGCAGGACACCGAAGCUUAGUCCAACAAAGUUUACUAGUUAACCACUAGGCAAAAAUACAACAAACGGCCUCAAAAACACACAGAGGCGAGCGAUUACGCAAACUGUGCGUAAACUCCAAAACAACAAACAGAGCAAACACGCAGCACUAACUGACAUGCAAAAAACAACACACAACCUAACCAAUACAAAACAGGCAACUUAUAGAACAAAUAAUCAGACACAAACGGACACAGGUGCAAUAGACAGACAAAAGCAAUCAAACAUAGAAACAUUCAACGGUGGCAGCUAGUACUCCGGGGACGACGAAUGCCGAAGCCUGCCCGAACAAGGAGGAGGAGCAGCCUCGGCAGAAUCCGUGACACUCGGUGUGGCGGAGGUUCCGCACGGCCGUGCUGUGAAUGGGUCAGAGAUGGUAGGAGAUAGUGAUGGAGAGGAAAGUGAAGCAAGUAUGGAACAUAGUGGUACAAAUAAAGGAGGGAGUAAGAAAGAGAAAAAUAAAGCGGGAGAGAAAUGGAGUAGGGGUAUGAAGGGGAGCGAGGAGAGCAACCUAGCUUCCAACGCUAGCGGAUGUUCGGCGGUAGAAAGUGCAGAGGAAGGGCAAGAUAAGACACGAGAGGAACAUGGAGGUGAGGAGGAGCAUAAAGUGAUUAUGAAGUUUAGGGAGGAAGGGGGAGUUGGGUCGAUGAGUCCGAUAAGGUUGACGGCUGUGAUAAAAUAGUUGAUUGGUGAAGUUGUUAAUGCUAAAGUGUUAAGAGAUGGGAGAUUGAUGGUGUGCUGUAACGACAUGGCGCAGAGGGAAAAAACUAUUGUAGUGAAGCAGUGGUCUAAGGCACUGCAUCGCAGUGCUAGCUGUGCCACUAGAGAUCCUGGUUCGAAUCCAGGCUCUGUCAUAGCCGGCCGCGACCGGGAGACCCAUGGGGCGGUGCACAAUUGGCCCAGCGUCGUCCAGGGUAGGAGAAGGAAUGGCCGGCAGGGAUGUAGCUCAGUUGGUAGAGCAUGGCAUUUGCAACGGCAGUGUUGUGGGUUCGAUUCCCACGGGGGGCCAGUAUGAAAAAAAAAAGGUCCACAGCCACUUGGGGAGGAGGGAGAUGACUCUUCACUGCCGUCGCCGUACGCAUGGAGCUGUAGAGACGGAACUCCUCCUCAUGGACAUGCUGGGGACCUUCAACAGUGAGAAAGGGCACAACACCCUGGGCAUUCCACUGCUGGACUCCGGGAAAUCUGGCAAGAGCAGAGUCGUCACCUCUGCUGCAUCCAAGACCCUCCCGGUGUACAAUUGUACACAGACACCGGCAAGCCAAUCACGAAGGGCGAGUGAAGCUGCCGGAAUAUUGCUACACACGCAGCUCCACAUCUCUGGAGUGGUACCACCUCAACCGGUUCAUCCCAGGUAAUUACAACUAUAGAACUAUCAUUUUUGAAAUGUUACCAGUGAAAUCAUUGACACUAAAGUGAGUUGUGUUCACCUUCUCAUCACCCAUUAUUCUACUCUUAGGCACCAGUGCCAAUGGAAUGCAUUUCCUCCUGGAUGGACUGGCGAGGUGGAACGACAGAAGCAGCCUCUGCUCUGCUACAGUGGCCACCUGCAGCAUUCCCUCAACCAGCUCAGUCAAAGGGUGCAUGGCUCAGGUCAGGUUGAGGACUUCACCAAGCCUGGCGUGUACACAGGUACGUUGAUCUUGUCAUAGGUUUGUGUAAACGUGUGAUACAUUAUGUCAUUAAGCUUUGUGUGCUCUCCCACUACAUCGCAGGGGAACUCAUUGGUGUUGAGUACCUGUACGCCCAGACCAACAAAGUGCUGCAGGCCAUCAGCUUGGACCCUGACACUCCGGACGAGGACUACGCCACCGAGGGACCCUUGGAGGACGAGGGAUUUCAGGAGGCGGAGGAUAUUGACCCCACUGUCAACGUCCCCGACCCACCUCCGCCAGUCGCCUCAUCCUACACCUCUGCGGCAGCCCAGUCAGGUGAUCCAGCUGACGCUCCCAGGUCUGGGUCAUCCAGUCCGGCCGCCACCGACCGUGACCCUCCUGAGGCCCCUGAACACCAGGAUUCUCCUCCCUCUGACUCCUCCUCAGGCUCUGAGGACAUUGUAUGUGACCAAUAACAUUGGAGUAGUAUUACAUUCAAAAUAACAGAUGUGUUGUUACAGGGAGGGGGAUGAAUAGGAGAUAGGUCAGCUAGUUUGCUUUCCAAUGCACAGGCCUAAAACACAAUCCUAUUCAAAACCUAGCCUUAACCACAAACCCCUUACCUUAACUCUAACCCCAUUUAGGAGCUCAAAGGAAUGUAAACUCAUAUAGGGAUUUCCCUCCACCUGUUGGACAAUAAGUAAUGUUGCCAACACACUGCUUAAAAUCAUUAGGAGCUAUAAGGAGUCAGUCAGUAUUUGAUCCCCUGCUGAUUUUGUACGUUUUCCAACUGACAAAGACAUGAUCAGUCUAUAAUUUUAAUGGUAGGUUUAUUUGAACAGUGAGAGACAGAAUAACAACAAAAACAUUCAGAAAAAAGCAUGUAAAAAAUGUUAUAAAUUGAUUUGCAUUUUAAUGAGGGAAAUAAGUAUUUGACCCCUCUGCAAAACAUGACUUAGUACUUGGUGGCAAAACCCUUGUUGGCAAUCACAGAGGUCAGACGUUUCUUGUAGUUGGCCACCAGGUUUGCACACAUCUCAGGAGGGAUUUUGUUCCACUCCUCUUUGCAGAUCUUCUCCAAGUCAUUAAGGUUUCGAGGCUGACGUUUGGCAACUCGAACCUUCAGCUCCCUCCACAGAUUUUCUAUGGGAUUAAGGUCUGGAGACUGGCUAGGCCACUCCAAGACCUUAAUGUGCUUCUUCUUGAGCCACUCCUUUGUUGCCUUGGCCGUGUGUUUUGUGUCAUUGUCAUGCUGGAAUACCCAUCCACGACCCAUUUUCAAUGGCUGAGGGAAGGAGGUUCUCACCCAAGAUUUGACGGUACAUGGCCCUGUCCAUCGUCCCUUUGAUGCGAUGAAGUUGUCCUGUCCCCUUAGCAGAAAAACACCCCCAAAGCAUAAUGUUUCCACCUCCAUGUUUGACGGUGGGGAUGGUGUUCUUGGGGUCAUAGGCAGCAUUCCUCCUCCUCCAAACACGUUGAGUUGAUGCCAAAGAGCUCGAUUUUGGUCUCAUCUGACCACAACACUUUCACCUAGUUCUCCUCUGAAUCAUUCAGAUGUUCAUUGGCAAACUUCAGACGGGCCUGUACAUGUGCUUUCUUGAGCAGGGGGACCUUGCGGUCGCUGCAGGAUUUCAGUCCUUCACGGCGUAGUGUGUUACCAAUUGUUUUCUUGGUGACUAUGGUCCCAGCUGCCUUGAGAUCAUUGACAAGAUCCUCCCGUGUAUUUCUGGGCUGAUUCCUCAAUGUUCUCAUGAUCAUUGCAACUCCACGAGGUGAGAUCUUACAUGGAGCCCCAGGCCGAGGGAGAUUGACAGUUAUUUUGUGUUUCUUCCAUUUGCGAAUAAACACACCAACUGUUGUCACCUUCUCACCAAGCUGCUUGGCGAUGGUCUUGUAGCCCAUUCCAACCUUGUGUAGGUUUACAAUCUUGUCCCUGACAUCCUUGGAGAGCUCUUUGGUCUUGGCCAUGGUGGAGAGUUUUGAAUCUAAUUGAUUGAUUGCUUCUGUGGACAGGUGUCUUUUAUACAGGUAACAAACUGAGAUUAGGAGCACUCCCUUUAAGAGUGUGCUCCUAAUCUCAGCUCGUUACCUGUAUAAAAGACACCUGGGAGCCAGAAAUCUUUCUGAUUGAGAGGGGGUCAAAUACUUAUUUCCCUCAUUAAAAUGCAAAUCAAUUUAUGACAUUUUUGACAUGCGUUUUUUCAGGAUUUUUUUGUUGUUAUUCUGUCUCUCACUGUUCAAAUAAACCAACCAUUAAAAUUUAAAUUAUAGACUGAUCAUGUCUUUGUCAGUGGACAAAAGUACAAAAUCAGUAGGGGAUCAAAUACUUUUUUCCUCACGUAGUAAGUUAUGGAGGUAAGACAAUCGAUAGGCCAUAGUGCAAAUAAUUACAAUUUAAUAUUAACACUAAGGAUAAAUGUGCAGAAAGAUAAUGUGCAAAUAGAUACUCGGUGCAAAUGACAAAAUGAAUAACAUAUGGGAUGAGUAGUUGGUGUGAGCUAAUUACAGAUGGGCUGUGUACAGUUUCCGUGAUCGGUAAAGCUGCUCGACAACUGAUGCUUAAAGUUAGUGAGGAGAUAAGAGUCUCCAGCUUCAGAGAUUUUUGCCAGUUUGUGGCCGGUCCAUUAAUCAGCAGAGAACUGGAAGGAAUGGCUGCCAAGGAGGUUUUUGCUUUGGGAUGACCAGUGAGAUAUACCUGCUGAGCUCAUACUACGGUGGGUGUUAACUAUGUUGACCAAGCGCUAAGAUAAGACGGGAUUUGUGCCUACCAUUGAUGUAUAGAUGACCUGGAGCCAGUGGGUUUUUGCGGCGAAUACGUAGUGAGGGCCAGCCAACGAGAGCGUACAGGUCACAAUGGUGGGUAGUAUAAGGGGCUUUGGUGACAAAAUGGAUGGCACUGUGAUAGACUACAUCCAAUUUGCUGAGUAGAGUUUUUGAGGCUAUUUUGUAAACGACAUCGCCAAAGUCAAGGAUCGGUAGGAUAGUCAGUUUUACGAGGGCAUGUUUGGCAGCAUGAGUGAAGGAGGCUUUGUUGCGAAAUAGGAAGCCAAUUCUAUAUUUAACUUUGGAUUGGAGAUGCUUAAUGUGAGUCUGGAAGGAGAGUUUACGGUCUAACCAGACACCUAGGUAUUUGUAGUUGUCCACAUAUUCUAAGUCAGACCCGCCGAGAGUAGUGAUUCUAGUUGGGUGGGGCGGGUGCAAGCAGCGUUCGAUUGAAGAGCAUGCAUUUAGUUUUACUAGCGUUUAAGAGCAGUUGGAGGCUACGGAAGGAGUGUUGUAUGGCAUUGAAGCUCGUUUGGAGGUUUGUUAAGAUAGUGUCCAAUGAAGGGCCAGAUGUAUGCAAAAUGGUGUCGUCUGCGUAGAGGUGGAUCUGAGAGUCACCAGCAGCAAGAGCAACAUCAUUGAUAUACACAGAGAAUAGAGUCGGCCUGAGAAUUGAACCCUGUGGCACCCCCAUAGAGACUGCCAGAGGUCCAGACAACAGGCCCGCCGAUUUGACACAUUGAACUCUAUCUGAGAAGUAGUUGGUGAACCAGGCGAGGCAGUCAUUUGAGAAACCAAGGCUAUUUAGUCUGCCAAUAAGAAUGCGGUGAUUGACAGAGUCGAAAGCCUUGGCCAGGUCGAUGAAGACGGCUGCACAGUACUGUCUUUUAUCGAUCGCGGUGGUCUAAGGCACUGCAUCGCAGUGCUAACUGUGCCACUAGAGAUCCUGGUUCGAAUCCAGGCUCUGUCGCAGCCGGCCGCGACCGGGAGACUCAUGGGCGGCGCACAAUUGGCCCAGCGUCGUCUAGGGUAGGGGAGGGAAUGGCCGGCAGGGAUGUAGCUCAGUUGAUAGAGCAUGGCGUUUGCAACGCCAGGGUUGUGGGUUCGUUUCCCACGGGGGGACAGUAUAAAAAAAUAAAAAAAUAAAAAAUAUGUAAUCACUAACUGUAAGUCGCUCUGGAGAAGAGCGUCUGCUAAAUGACUAAAAUGUAAAUGUAAAUAAUAUCGUUUAGGACCUUGAGCGUGGCUGAGGUGCACCCAUGACCACCUCGGAAACCAGAUUGCAUAGCGGAGAAGGUACGGUGGGAUUCGAAAUGGUCGGUGAUCUGUUUGUUAACUUGGCUUUCAAAUACUUUCGAAAGGCAGGGCAGGAUGGAUAUAGGUCUGUAACAGUUUGGAUCUAGAGUAACACCCCCUUUGAAGAGGGGGAUGACCAUGGCAGCUUUCCAGUCUCUGGGGAUCUCAGAUGAUACGAAAGAGAGGUUGAACAGGUUAGUAAUAGGGGAUUCUACAAUUUCGGCAGCUAAUUUUAGAAAGAAAGGGUCCAGAUUGUCUAGCCCAGCUGAUUUGUAGGGGUCCAGAUUGUGCAGCUCUUUCAGAACAUUUGACAGUGAUGAGGGGUGGCCGUUUGACCAUGGACCCAUUACGGACACAGGCAAUGAGGCAGUGAUCGCUGAGAUCCUGGUUGAAGAUAGCGGAGGUGUAUUUAGAGGGUAAAUUAGUCAGGAUGAUAUCAAUGAGGGUGCCCAUGUUUAUGGAUUUGGGUUUUACCUGGUAGGUUCCUUGAUAAUUUGUGUGAGAUUGAGGACAUCUAGUUUAGAUUGUAGGACGGCCGGGGUGUUAAGCAUAUCCCAGUUUAGGUCACCAAGCAGUAUGAACUCUGAGGAUAGAUGGGGGCAAUUGUUAAGAGAAUGUAUUAACUAACUAUUUCAGUGUCUCUGUGCGUCUCCCAUAAGGUUGUAAGGCUUUUGGAUCAAGAAACGGACAGAGUCCCGGUCUGCAUAGUCAGGCCUUUAUUCAUUGAGAAUUCUGCCAGAAAAUGGUCGUACAAUACUUUUAUACAAUGUCAUACAGAAAUCCCACCCCUCUGUAGGCGGGUUGUAGUUUUCCACUUGAAACCUGCUCUCCUGACCAUCAGGUCACACACACACACACAUACAUACACACACACACACACAUACACACACACACAUACAUGUUCUUAUCAUAGUCUACUCCCUGCCUCCUCAGUUAUCGCUGUUCUCACAAUAUUCUGCACCAUGUUUAACAGUUCUCCUUCUUCUUCGCCGUCCGGUCUAACUCCUACUCACAUUGCUAAAUAGUAUCACAAUGUCAUAAUCUUUACUGGUCCUACACUCACACAUUACCAGGUCGUAGAUUCUAACACAUCUCACACAGUUUCGGAGUAUAAUAAUUAGUCGCUACUAAGAAAGUACUAAUCAUACUUAAAACAAGAACAUUUCACAACUAUAUUUAAGGGUGGAACAUUUAGUCAUUACUUUUAACCUGUAUAUAUUUUAAUUUCUAUAUCAGCAAUCAAUUCACAUAUGGUGUCCACGGCACAGCUGGGGGCUGAGGGGGGUCUGUAGCAAGAGGCAACAGUGAGAGACUUAUUUCUGGAAAGGUGGAUUAUUAGAAGUAGAAGCUCAAACUGUUUGGGCACAGACCUGGGUAGUAUGAUAGAGCUCUGCAAGCUAUCUCUACAGUAGAUUACAACUCCGCCCCCUUUGGCAGUUCUAUCUAGACGGAAAAUGUUGUAGUUGGGGAUGGAAAUUUGAGUUUUUGGUGGCCUUCCUUAAGCCAGGAUUCAGACACUGCUAGAACAUCAGGGUUAGCGGAGUGUGCUAACGCAGCGAAUAACUCAAACUUAGGGAGGAAGCUUCUGAUGUUAACAUGCAAGAAACCAAGGUUUUUACAGUUACAGAAGUCAACAAAUGAUAGCGCCUGGGGAGUAGGAGUGAUACUAGGGGCUACAGGGCCUGGGUUAACCUCUACAUCACCAGAGGAACAGAGGAUGAGUAGAAUAAGGAUAUGGCUAAAGGCUUUAAGGACUGGUCUUCUGGUGCGUUGGGUACAGAGAAUAAAAGGGGCAGAUUUCCGGGCGUUGUAGAAUAGAUUCAGGGCAUUAUGUACAGACAAGGAUAUGGAAGCAAAUGAGCACAGUGGAGGUAAACCUAAGCGUUGGGUAACUAUGAAAGAGAUAGCAUCACUGGAGACACCGAUUGAGCCGGUCUCUGCGUGUAUGGGGGGUGGGACAAAGGAGCUAUCUGAGGCAGGUUGAGCGGGACUGGGGGCUCUACAGUGAAAUUGUAUAAUAAGAACUAAGCGAAACAGCAAUAGGCAAGGCAUAUUGACAUGGGAGAGAGGCAUAAAGCAAUCACAGGUGUUAUUCGAGAGAGCUAAGACAACAACUGGUAAUGGCGACGAAAGUUUGGGCUGAGGCUAAACAGAUAAACAGGACAGAUAAACAGGAUGGGGUACCGUGUAAAGGAACAGUCCAGCAGGCAUCAGCUAUGUAGCUGAGUGAUCAUAAGGUCCAGUGUACAGUGAGCAAUUCGAUGGCUGCUAAUGCACAAGUGAGCAGGAGGCACGGCUGUUAAUUGCGUGUGCUAGCGGGCCGGGGCUAGAAGAUGGAUCUUCAUGGUCGUCGCAACGGGAAGCCUGUUGAAACCACAUCAGACGAUUACGUCGGCAAACCAGUCGUGAUGGAUCGGCGAGGCUCUGUGUCGACACUAGGAGGUCCCGUCCAGUUGACAGAGAGGUAGAUAGCCGGGAGAUGGGCCUGGCUCGAGGCUAGCUCAAGGCUAACUGGGGCUUGCUUCGGGACAGUGGUGAUUAGCCAACAACAACAUCCAUUCGGUUGCAGCUAGCUAGUUGCGAUGAUCCGGUGUUAAGGUCCAGUGAUUCAGUGGAUCCGGCAGAAAAUCCAAUAUGUUCUAGGUCGAUAGCGCGCUGUGCAGACUGGCCGAUAAUUUUCCAGGCUAGAGCUGGCUGGUAGAUAGUGCAGGCCGCGGACAAUGGUGAAAACUGCUAAAGGUGGCUAAUAGCAAGUAGUUAGCAAGUAGCUAGUUAGCUGGCUAGUUUCGGCCGGAGGUUCUAGAUAAAAAGGUAUAAGAAAUAAUAGAAUCCAUUCCACAUUGGGUGAGGCGGGUUACAGGAAAGUAUAUUUAGUUGAAGGAUGAAAAGUGAGAUUGAGAAAUAUAUACGAAAUAGACAAAAAACAAGAAAACUGGCUAUUUACACGAGCACACUACAGAAUACACAACCGCACUGCUACGCCAUCUUGGAAGAAUAAAUGGCAGCCUGCAGUAAUCCCAAACCAACUCGGUCAGAGGGCCCUCCGUUGUCACGUGUUGCUAACAAACCUCCCAGGGUGACUUCCAGAGAGUAGCGAUAGGAUCAAUAAACCCAUCAACUUCAGGACACACUCCUGACUUGAAUGAUAUAAUUAAUGUUCCACUUGUAAAUAAUAAAACAAGCUUGAAAUUCAAAUGAACAAAUGCCUCUUUAGUUCUACAAGAUAUAAACCUCAGUUUAUAAAUGAAAGAUUUAAUUUGGAAGGUAUUUCAUCAUUUAUAUUUGUCAAGUGUCGAAAUCUGAUAUAAACAAAUGCACCUGGCAUAUAAUUAGACAGGCCUCUCUUUUGUGUGAAAUUACGCCAAUUUAAAAAUAACGCAGUGCCUUAUGGGAUUUCACUUCGCUCUGAAGCUGGCAGUGUCGCUUGCUUGGUUGAAGUGGUUAUCGGAGGGUCUUUCCCGAAGGGGUGAACAUUUUGUUUUUUUCCCCUAGCACUACACAGCUGAUUCAAAUAAUCAAAGCUUGAUGAUUAGUUGAAUCGCUGUGUCGCGCUAGGGCAAAAACCAAAAUGUUCACCCCUUGGGGUCCCGAGGACCGAGUUUGGGAAAUACUGCCCUAUACCCUCCAUAAUCGACUGUCAUCGACCGACAAAUUGCUAUAACAUAUGAUGUGGUUAGCUGAUACUUAAAAUACCUAUCCAGGUGUUGUAAGAUCUGUCAGCCGUAAGUAACGCCUAAGCUCUGGAACACGGCCUUCAUCUAAGGUCUGUGGUAAACACAGGCUUAGGAGAUCUGAUACAUUUUGUUCUAUGAGAUCAUCUUCAUCAGUUAACGUCGCUUUUUGUGAAUUUUGAAGCAUUUAUGUAAUCAAAACAAGCACAUAAAGGCUUCAUAAUUCAUAAAUGUCAUCUUAACUGACCGUAAUUAUCUCAUAGAACAAAACUUAUGAGGUCUCCUAAGCCUGUGUUAACAGACCUUAUGUUCUGCGUUUAUCCCAAAACCCCAUAGGAAUGGCUGAACGAACCAGAGGUAACUCAUUUCUGUUUUUUAGGACUACAAGCUGGUGAGCUCUCGCUAUAGAGCCCCACAUUGGAGGUGUCAUAAUACCUUGCAGUCAAACAGGGAAAUGGUUCCAAUCAUUUUUCCACCAUUCAUUUUUUCCCAUAGGGAAUUUUAGAAACACUUGAAAUAAAGUAUGUGUUUUGUGUAGGCUUACCCUGGCGUGAAGUUUUGAUAACGAUGUAAAUCUCUCUUGGACAAUGUGACUUUUAUUAAUAUAUUUGGCUCUAUUUACUCUCAGAUUCGAAAAUGGUAAUUAGCAUCAAAGUAGACAUUAUGCAAGACUACAAAUCCCUGCAAGCUCCUGCACAUCAUCUCUAGCUGACACCUUUGCUAACAGGUAUUGUGUCAAUUUAAAACUUGCACAAGACAGUUCACAGAAUUGUCCAUUUAAAGAAAUUUAGUUAAUUUAUUCAUUACUUCAUUUAACUAACAUUAGAUAGUUAAUCCAGAGAUUCUUACCUUUGCCUCGAUCGGCAGUCCCAUCCAGUUCAUCAUUAUUAUUAUUAUUAUCAUGGCAUUUGUAGCUCUUUAUGACAGCCACAUUAGCAGCUAAUUAGUAUUUCAUUUUCGGGGGGUAAAUACAGGCAAAUGUAUCGAUAAAAGUAAUAUUGUCCUAAAGAGAUAUACAUGGUUAUCAAAACGUCACGCCAGGGGAAGCCUACACGAAACACAGUCAGUUUCUAAAAUCCCCUAUGGGAAAAAUGAAUGGUGGAAAAACGAUUGGAACCAUUUCCUUGUUUGAUCUUUAGGUUUUAUGACUCAUACUGUGGUACUCUAUUAAGUCUUCACAUAGGAAUCAAUGGUGUCACGCGAUCGAUGGCUUUGUCCCUUGAUAUAUACAGUCAUUGCUUUGUCCCUUGAUAUAUACAGUCAUUGCUUUGUCCAUUCAUGUAUAUACAAUAUAUUGAUAUAUACUGUCCUUUAGAUCUGGCAUGCGACUGCAAUGUAUUAAGCCUGGAACGCGACCACCGAUUAUUUACAGCCUGCGCCAUUAGAUGGGCACGGUGAAAAAGACGCAACAACAGUUUUUCGCACUCAUACAUUUUUCUCAACACAUCAAGGUUGUUUAGAUUGUUGUCUUUUUAUACAGUGUAUACUGCUUUGGGAUAUAAAAAAAUCGUCUUUGAAUUUACAUGUAGCCAUUGUUAGUUUGCUAUUAGCAUCGUGGAAGAAGAAGUAUUCGUAG